AGCCGCUGUUAUGUUAUGAGAGCAUUGCAGGACUGUCACUGCUACGGAUGGAAGGGCGCAACACAGUGGCAGUAUCUACACGCAACUCCGUCCUUACUUAAGUCUAUGCGCACUUGUGACAACUGGGACUGUUUUGCGAGAUCGGGAAGCAACUUGACAAAAUCAGCAACAAGUUUUUUUUAAACAUUUGUUGAGCCUAGCAUUCAUUGAUUCAGUCAAUUUCUGCAUUCUUUUGCUGUCUUGGAGUAGAAUAAUUUAUUUGAAGAAAAAAAAAAUCAGUCCAGUAGACCUCUAUUCUAUUCAGACCGUUUGUUUCAUAAACAACACGGACAAUAUUAGUUUACAAGUCCUUUCGGUAGAUAGCCUAUUUAUCACAACUUUGGCUGCUAUAACUCAUUUAAACCACAGUAAAGCAAAAACGGUGUGUGCUUUCUGUACAAUAUUAUCUCCGUUCUCUCAUUGCCAUCGCGUUGAAGAUGAUGAAUUCUAUGGUCAUUUUAGCGGAAUUUUUCGUGGUCAUCUUGAAAGUGCUCUGGGCUUUUGUUACCGCCGGGGCGAAAUGGGUGGUGCGGCCGAAAGAGAAGAGUGUGGCGGGACAGGUGUGUGUAAUCACCGGGGCUGGAAGCGGCCUCGGCCGGCUGUUCGCCAAGGAGUUCGCUAGAAGACGGGCUGUACUGGUGCUAUGGGACAUCAACAGCAAAAGCAACGAGGAGACCGCGGAGUUGGUGAGGGAAAUCUACCGGGAGCUGGACAGUGAAUCACCGAUGUCCAAAGAAGGAGCAAUAGCAGGGUUAGAGGAGGUGCUUCCGUUCAAGCCGCAGGUGUACACGUACGUGUGUGACGUGGGCAAGCGGGAGAGUGUGUACUCCACGGCGGAGAAGGUGCGUCGGGAGGUGGGCAACGUGGACAUGUUGAUAAACAACGCCGGCGUGGUCUCUGGUCACCAUCUCCUGGAGUGUCCUGACGAGCUGAUCGAACGCACCAUGGUGGUCAACUGCCACGCACACUUCUGGACCACCAAGGCAUUCCUUCCCAAGAUGUUGGAGCUGAACCACGGUCACAUUGUGACGGUUGCCAGCUCUCUGGGGCUAUUCAGCACAGCUGGUGUGGAGGACUACUGCGCCAGUAAGUUUGGGGCCAUCGGCUUCCACGAGUCGCUGAGCCACGAGAUCAAGGCUUCGGAUAAGGAUGGUAUUAAGAUGACGCUGGUGUGCCCCUACCUGGUGAACACGGGCAUGUUUGAAGGCUGCAGGAUAAGGAAAGAAAUCGAGCCAUUCCUGCCUCCCCUGAAGCCAGAGUUCUGUGUAACACAGUCUAUGAGGGCCAUUCUCACCGAUCAGGCUAUGAUCUGCACACCACGUAUAGUAUACAUGGUCAACUUCAUGAAAAGCUUCCUGCCCUUCGAAGCCAUCGUGUGUAUGUACAGGUUCCUGGGUGCUGAUAAGUGUAUGUAUCCCUUCCUUGCCCAGAGGAAGGAGCUGAUGAACAACAACGAGGCUAAGGGGGACAUCUAAGGGGGAGCUGUUGUCGCGGGGCCCAUAACCCUAGAGGCACAAGGAUAAGACCACUGAGGGUGCAUGGAGGAGGAGGAGGAAGAAGAGGAUUUAAAAAGACUGAAUUUAGACUGGUGAACUUGCAUUGAGCAGAAUCAAAGGUCCUCUGAAACGAUACCAGCUGUGUACUACACAAAGGAUUUUACUUCUCUUAGUUUUUUUUCCAUAUUGUCUUUUUAUUUUUUAUUUUAUUUUUUCUUCUAAGGUUUGUUUAAAGAAACCGACGAUCUAUAUACUGUGUCAAUAGUUUUUUUUGAAAUCAUAUGAAAAAAAAGGUAUUAACUAUUUACGUAAUGUAGUCACCAACUUUUUAUUUAGUAUCUUUGUGGAAAUAUACAGUAUGUUACUGUACAGUAAAAUCUUGUCACUUUUAGUUUCUCUUUUGUUUGUAGACAUGCACUGUAAUACUGCCUUUCUCUACACGGCCAAGUCUCUGUAGAAACGGUUCAAAAUGGCAUUUUCAUCACCCAGACCAACAUGCAAAAUAAAUUUACACGUACAUGUUA